ACGCUUCGCGCCUUUUUCUCUUCUAUUUUUCUCUCUCUGUUUCUCCGUCUCUCUCUGUGUUCUCUUUCUCUCUCAAAGAAAAAGGCAUUGAUUGUUGAAGGCAAGGCUCACCCGGAAAGAUUGAGGACCGAUGAUGAACUAUAGCUUGCCUAUAGCGAAGAGAACCAGGCAAGGGAGAGCCCUAAUUUACGAGGAGUACCAUGAGGAGAAGAAGAAGGAGAAGAGGAAGGAUAAUAAUGGGGUUGACUCGGUCACUCCAAGCGUACCCAGUAGAGGUAGUAGGAAGAAAUUGGCGGAGAUGAUUAAAGGCAUUAGUCGGUUUGAGAGAUUAGGGGAUAACUGUAAAAUGGAGACUCAGAGCGAGACUGUUUCUAUGCCUGGUAGAAGUGCGGAGGCCAGUGUGGAAGAGAUUCGUGUGAAUGAUUGCGCUGAAGAAGGCAGUGAAUCGAUGAAUUUGGUGGGCAGGGAGAGUCUGGGGUUGAAGAAUAAGAAAUGUACUAAAAUGGAAUUUGAGGGAUUGGAUAAUGUGGAUGAGAUUAUGGUGGAUUAUAGCGAGGAAGAUGUGGUGUUUUUGGCUGAAGGGGUGGAUUUGGACUGCGUGAACUCGAAUUCUUCGAGACUGACAUUGGGGUUGCAGAGAGAUGAGGGAGUUAUUUGUAUUGAUGCUGAUGAUGAGACUGAUUUGAGUGCGAAACAUGUAAAUGAAAGUGGUGUUUUGAAGUACAAUGGGGUGAGGGGUAGUGAUGAAAUGAUUUCAUUGUUGAAGGGAAAGGUUGAGAGUAGUUGCUUAAUUUUUGAUGAUAGAGAGUGUAAGGGUAUGGCGGCCAGGACUCGGUCGCGGUUCAGAUUGUUGAAAAGGAAUGAGAAUGAGGAUGGUGGUGAUGAUGCUACAUCGGCUGUUUCGAAGAGGAAUAAUGAUAAGGAUGUUGAUGGCAAUGUUCUCUCUGAUUGGCUGAGAAGGAAUGUGGAUGAAGAUGGUGGUGGUGAGGUUAUUCUGGAGACAUCGUUGGAAUCGUCCUCUAGUGAAGAUGACAAUAAUGAUGACGAUUAUGAAGCGAAACAAUUGCAAAGCUGCUGGGAUUCUAAGAAGAUCAGUUCGAAUAGCAGUAGUCAAGAGGAUGAGGAAGAGGAAGUUGCUGGGGAAAGCAAGAAUAUGAACAGAGGAAGUAAAAAAAGAGGAAGGCCUAAAAAAUUUGACGCUGGGGUCAAGAGGAGGAGAUAUGGAUUGGACUUCGUGGUGGAUAGUGACAAAGAUAUCGACGUUAAUAAUCACGAAGAGGGUUCUGUUAAUGUGCUUCAUUAUGUAGCAAAACGAACCCGUUCCCAUUUUAUUUCAAAAUGCAGAAAGAAAAAAAUGAAGCUUGGAACUUUUAGUCACCCUUUAUGUGUUGAUGAGGAGGAAGUGGAGUCUUCAUCUGGACAUGAUGACAGUAAUGAAGGCGGUGAUGAUGCUUAUGAGAGUGAAGAUGAUCUUAGUGAUGACGAGGCUUAUCAUGCUGGCAAGAAAACUUUGUCUACUAGAGGCAAAUAUAAGAGUGACAAAGGUAAUCGUGGUGAACGUGUGCAAUCCACCAAGAGGAUGCCCACCAAAUGUAAGGGCAUCCGCUGGGAGAAAAGUUGUAAUGUCAUGAAGAUUCUUAUAGAUUCCAUUUUGGAGAAGGAAGAACUUCGUCUAGAAGAGUUGGCUUCUUCCGGAGAUGAGGCUUGCAAAGAUGAAAGCAAUCCAUCAGUUUCCGAGACGUAUCUACCCCUGAAAUUCACUUUUGGAACUGAGGAGUCAAAUUCACAAAAGAAAUCAGAAGAUGAUAAAAAGAUGGAUGAACUUUGGGCUGAGCUUGAGCUUGCACUCAGAGCUAGUGAAAUUGGUUCGGUCGAUUCUGCUAAGGUUGAAAAUGAAGAUGCCCUUCCUCCAGAGGAUGAUGUUGAUAGUGCUAGCCUUUGCCACCUAGGGAAUCAUCAGAUUAUUCUUGAUGAACAAGUUGGAUUUAGAUGUGCAUUUUGCUCUUACGUCAAAAUGGAGAUCAAGUAUAUUCUACCAUCUUUUAGUACACAUCCUUGUGGAAAAUCAGACUGGAGGGACUCGGGGGAGCAAUGAAUCACUCCAUCUUUGAUGAGCUUGGUUCUCAAGAUUCUCUUUGCGAUUCCUACCAUGACAGUGGAUCCCGAGAGCAUGCUGAAGGCACAGUGUGGGACAUCAUUCCAGGAAUAAAAAG